AUGGGCCGCCGGCGGGCAGCGCGCGGGCCGGGGGCCGAAGGCAGCCGCACUCGGCGCCCCGCAGGCCGCUCCCUGGAAGCGUUCGCCGAGGACGUGAGCGUCGCGCUGCGCGCGUCGGUGGAGUCAGAGACGGCCGAGGACGCGGACAGCCGGAGCCCGGCGCCGCUGCCGUGCACGCUGGCCAUGUGGGAGCUGGGCCACUGCGACCCCCGGCGCUGCACCGGCCGCAAGCUGGCCCGCCUGGGCCUGGUGCGCUGCCUGCGCCUCGGUCACAGGUUUGGCGGCCUCGUGCUCAGCCCCAUGGGCUCCCAGUACGUGUCCCCCGCUGACAGACAGCUGGUGGCACAGUCGGGUGUGGCUGUCAUCGACUGCUCCUGGGCCAGACUGGAGGAGACGCCCUUUGGGAAGAUGCGGGGCAGUCACUUUCGGCUGCUGCCCCACCUGGUGGCCGCCAACCCUGUGAACUACGGCCGGCCCUGCAAACUGUCCUGUGUGGAGGCUUUUGCGGCUACCUUCUGCAUCCUGGGCUUCUCAGACCUUGCUAUCAUUUUGCUGCGCAAGUUCAAGUGGGGCAAGGCCUUCCUAGACCUGAACCGUCAGCUCUUGGACAAGUACGCAGCCUGCUGUGGGCCGGAGGAGGUGCUGCAGGCAGAGCAGGAGUUCCUGGCCCACGCUAAGGAGCGUCCCGAGGAAGAGAUCGAUCCCUUUGAUGUGGAUUCAGGUCGAGAGUUUGCAAAUCCCAACAGGCCCAUGGCUGGCACCCGGUUGCCCAGGGACAGUGAUGACACUGACAGUGAGGAGGAGUCUGAGGAACAUGGGCCUGAAGCUGAGGACGGAGACUGCAGCAGCCCAGAAGAGGAGGAGACUCGGGAGCAGGGGUCAGAGGCCAGGGCCCCUGCCGAGGUUUGA